AUGGCACCUGGUUUUUCAACUGAACCUAAAACUUUAGACACGACCUUCUCAAGUAAUGAUGUAAUCAAUCUUGCAUUAUCUGUUGAAGAUGAAACAAAAGGUGCCUUCUAUUAUUCAUUAGACGGAAAUAGUGAGCAACUAAUUGAAAACUAUACAGCAAAUGAUCAGAAAAAAGCAACUGCAUCAUUUAGAUUUCGUUUGCAAGAAAAUGGUAUUCGCUAUUCUUCAAAAGGUCAUCUAUUAGAGGUUUUCGCCCGAGAUGAAUUCGGCUUAGAAUCAAAGAGACUAAAAUUCCCCAUUGAAGUUUUAAGUAAACCGGAUCUAAAACGUGUAGAUUUACCAGAUAUGGCUGAUCCAUUUAAACCAGUUGAAUUUGAAAUAACAUAUGAUGAUUUUGACGCUGGAAAGACAUUAUACAUUUAUAUUAAAUAUGAUGGAAAGAUCGAAAAAGAGCAAUUUCCGUCAAAUGGUAAGCAAGGUCAAAAACAAACAAUAUCACACAAAUUUUCUGAACCUGGAAAUUAUACUGUAACAUUCAUGCUUUCAUCACAAGAGCAAAGUCCAGAAACAGGUCAUGAAAACUCAAAAUCUGGAGAAAUUUCUGAUAAGCAUAUCCUUUUAACAAAUGCACCCAAAGUCAGUUGUGCUCUUACAGAUGCAAAAGUCAAUUAUUUCGGAUCUGGAGAAACAUUUGAAAUUAUGUUUACAGUGCAUGAUGAUAAAAAAGGAGCUAUUGAAUACUAUAUUGAUUCUCAAAAGGUAUUCACAGACGAUAAUAAUGUUCAAAAGGAUUAUACAGUACCAAAUGGUCAAGAAUUUAUAGUAGUAACUACUAAUAUCACGAUUCCAUCUCACCUUGUUUAUGAUGAUAAUUCAAUACAUAAUCUCACCAUUAGUGCUAUAGAUAAUUUCAAUUUGGUUUCACAACCACCAUGUUCGAUCUUUUUCAAAGUUAGAAGUAUGCCAAAAGCAACUGGAAUCGAGUUAAAUACUUCAAAAAUUUACAGCGAUAGUGAGUAUCCUGAUAUUAAGAUAACAUCUAGCUAUUAUAAUGAUGAUGAAAAUAAGCCACUUUCAUUUUACAUCAAGGAAAAUAUUAAUGGUCCAGAAAAAUUACUUGGUACUAUACAGAAGCCAACAAAAGGUACUGGUUCAACAACAUUUGUGCACGAAAUCCAAACCAAAUCAUAUAUGAACUUACCAUUAAUCUUUUGGAUUGAAGAUGAUGAAAAUCCUGCUGAAGAUUUUAGAAACGGAGAAUCUAAUAAUAUAACGAAAUACAUAAAUGUCACAUCUGUUCCAAAAUUUUCUUGUGAUUGCUUCGAAGAGAGAUACUUUGGAAAGAAGGAUGUAAUCAAGUUAUCAGGUCUUUUACAAGAUGAUACAGCGGGAGAAAUUAAGUUUAGUAUAGUUGGAAAUGAUCAACGUCAUUAUUUGGAUAUGAGUAUUCCUUAUAAUGCCACACAUACUAAAGGAAAGACCCCUAUGGAUUUCUCUCCAAAUAUCUCAAUUCCAGAUGGUUUGCAGCUUAAUGAAGAAUAUACUCUCAUCUUCUACCCUGUUGAUGAGUUUGGUGUUGAAAAUCCUAAACCAAUUCCAUGUCCAUUCAGAUAUAAGAGCAAACCUAUUCUCAAGGAUUUGCGGUUAUCAACGGAUAAGCCAGUUGACAAUGAUGAAAAAGUCAAUAUUUCUGGAAAUCUUAUCGAUUAUGAUAAUGGUAAAACAAUAUAUAUUUAUCAGCAAAUUGGACUUCAAGAACCAGUUAAACUGGGUUCCAUUGAAUCAGAUGGAACUGAAAAUAAGCACCAAAAGCAGUUAUAG